GUUUCUGUCUGUUCACUUUUAUAUUCUUAUGUUACUGCUCGUUUCUUUACUUUCUUUGGUGCACUAUGUGUAUGGUAUUACAUGUGUGCAAAGCUGUUGGAUUUAAAUGCUGCUAACUUGUGCUGCCUGGCAGAUAAUAAUUUUGGGGGCAAGAAAAUAUCAGUGACGUCGAGUUUACAACGAGAUAGCUAUACAGGCAACAAAACAUUUGUAUCAAUAACGUUAGCUAAGGAUAGUUGUUUACAGUUGUGGUUGUUGUCUGUCUGCCUUUAUAGAUCAUGUUCAGUGUAACUUAAAUAACUAAAAUAGAAUUGACAAAGCCCUGAAUGGACGUGGCAUACCAACUUAACUUAUUCUGUUAGCGAGCUAGUAAGCUACUUGCAGAUGGUAGCUGUGAUAGCAACCGAAGUGAUGUGUCUUUAGACGGUCUUCUUGUGUAAAAUUAUUGUUUGUAGUAUAGAGUCUAUUGUACAGUUUGGUUUUUAAACAGUUUGGCAACUUAAAUUAAUGUUGAUUGGUGUGGGGAGUAGGAUGGCUAACAUAAGGACACUAGCCUGCUGUGAUCAGCUUGUCCUCCCGCUUAAUACAAAUUGGCGCGUAGGACUGUACGUCGAGUUCGAGCUAAUGUAACUUAACAUUGAUGAUUACUGAGAUAGAAAUAUGUCAGUUGCAGAUAGUUGACCUCACAUUUUUACAUUAUUUAGCUAAGAAACAUCGAUGAUGCACCUUUAUGGACAGGUUUUGUGUUGAGGUUCGAUGAGUGGCUUUGUUGCCAUCCUGGUUUAAGGUCUGAGGUUUUGGAAGUUUGCUAGUUAACGUUAGCUAUCCAAUUUAGCCUAACAACUAAUCACUAGCUAAUCUUUAAAUAGCUUUUUAACGUAACGAUGUUAUCGAACUUGCCCACUGUGGGGUAUUAUGUUCAUUGUGAAUAAUUCAGUAUGUCACCCUUUUUUAGGUACUUUUUUUUAUCACCCAGACACCACCAUCAAGAAAAUGUCAAGGCGCAGUGGUCGCACUACUCUCCAAGCAAGAAAUGAAAACGCACCAGAGACGAAUACCACUUUAACAAGGAAAAGAAAAACUGAGGAGUGCAAUAAAAAGAUGCCAAGUGCUGCUAAGAAGCAAAGUUACGAGAUUCAGAACCGGUGGCCAGAGGGAGAGGUCAGUCCCUGUGUCCUUAUUGAAACACCCCACAAGGAGCCAGAGGACAUGACCAACACCUCCUGCUUCAAGCGCUACAGAUUCAAGAAUCUUUUCAUCAAGCCGUCCCCACUCCCAAGCCUCAGCUGGGCAAGCUCAGACGAUGUGUGGAUUAAAAUGCUGAACAAAGAACUGAAGUACAGUCAUGACAAGAGCCUCAUGGAAAGGCACCCCAAUCUGCAGCCCAAGAUGAGGGCCAUUCUCCUCGACUGGCUAAUGGAGGUGAGUGAGGCGUACUCGUUGCAUCGGGAGACCUUCUACCUGGCCCAGGACUUUUUCGACCGCUUUAUGCUCACCCAGAGCGACCUCCCAAAAAACCAGCUGCAGCUCAUCGGGAUCACAGCCCUAUUCAUCGCCGCCAAAAUGGAGGAAAUCUACCCUCCCAAGCUCCAGGAGUUUGCCUACGUCACCGAUGGUGCUUGUGAGGAGGAGGAGAUUCUGGGGAUGGAGCUUAUUGUGCUGAAGGCCUUAAAGUGGGAACUCUGCCCUGAAACGGCCAUCUCCUGGCUGAAGCUCUAUGCACAGGUGGAUUCCCUAAGGGAUGGCCCCAACUUCCUCAUUCCACAGUUUCCCCAAGAAGUCUUCAUCCAGAUCACACAGCUUUUGGAUUUGUGUGUGUUGGACAUCAACUCACUGGAGUUCCACUAUGGAGUCUUAGCCGCUGCAGCGUUUUGUCACUUUUCGUCGUUUGAAGUUGUUCAUAAAGUAUCGGGUAUGACGUGGGAGAAUGUGGCGGCCUGUGUAAGCUGGAUGGCCCCCUACAUGUCGGUGGUCAGCGAGCGUGAGAAGGCUGAGCUCAAGGACUUCCGGAAGGUUCUAACUGAAGAUCGCCACAACAUCCAGACGCACGCAGACUACCUGGGCAUGCUGAAUGAUGUUCAUGUGAGGCAGCAGGAGAACGAAGACCGUCUGUCCCCUGUUGCCAUGGGAGGUGUCCUAACCCCACCCAAGAGUACGGAAAAACCUCUAAGCCAAUGAGAGCCCCCGGGGACAAGCCACUCGACCAAUAGAGGACCAAGCGAAGAAGCCCUAUAAAGAUGUGCCUCUUUCUGUCUUGUGCAGGAGUGUCAGGUUAAAAUGAGCCUCUCUCUGUGUCGGAUUCAGGGAUUUUAUAUUGGACUGCACUGUUUUUUUCCAGUCUAUCUUGGCAGUACUUGGCUGUUAAACACUGGUGUUUGCUUAUUGGUAAGCGCUAAAAAUGCAGAAGGGGCCAGGAGACAAGUUGGGGACAAAAUGGCCGCACAUCGGGUGAAAACAGUCUAAAGGCUAAAUGCUGCUGAUACACAGUUAGGUGGAUUCAACUCUCCACCUAGCUCUGAACAGAUAUAUGACUUUUUUAUCAUGUGUGAAUGUGCGUGUCUGGGAAACUGGUUAAGUUUCAUGUGAUCCUAGGAAAAACCCACUCAUGACAUUGGUGCUAUAUGCCAUCGUGGCCUAACUGGUGUGUCUGAGUGUGUGUGUGUGUGUGUGUGUGCAGUGGUUUUAGAUGUGCCCAUGGGCUGCAGGCAUUUUCAUUCUGCCCCGUGUGUUUGAGUGAGUGAGUCGUUGACACCCGUGUGUCGUGUGAAUUGCGCUCCAGUGCCGGAAUUAACAUUCCUGGAAGACUUGACAAGCUUUUAUAGCUGUUGUUGUUAUUAUUAUUAUUAUUAUUAUCAUUUUAAAAGGAAAAAAAAAAUAUGUGUGUGUGUGUAUGUGUUGAAGUGUGGAUUAGAGAUGAUUAGCCGAAUGAUUGCAUUGUAUUUAUUUUUUUAUAUAUAUAAUGCAGCAGUAUUUUCAAAGUUUGUCUAUAUGUACAUUGUCAGCUGUUUAAAAAAGAAAUGUACUCCUUGGUGCUGCCAAAGGCAAAUAUUUAAUUCCAGUGGUUUAUUUAUGAAUUUACUACCUUUGAUUGAAGAUGGGCUGGGGGAAAGAUGCAGUAAGAAGUAUAUCCUAAGCCUUUUAGCUUUCUAUGGCUUCGGCCUCAGUUCAGGAUGAUCGGGGGUAUAUUUGUGACCAGAGGGAUGACGGAGGACUGUAAAAGCUGUGUACCACAAUGCCGGUCAGAUGUUCUGAUCUUUGUACUCUGUAUAACAUAUGACAUGUAAAUAAAUACAUUAGAUUGUAAAUGUGUACAAAUAUUAACAAAAAAAGAAUGUUCGAAAAAUAAAGCAUAUAAUGUAAAACAACAAUGACUAAGAAAAACCUGCUUGCGUUUCCAUUCUUGUUUUGUUGAUCGUAUGUUGACAGUACUUCUGGAAGUUCAAGACCUAGCAAGAGCCCAGAGGUUUGAUU